GACCCAGCUUGAGAUCUAGUCGCUUUUCUUUUUUUCAAGCUCCAUCCAUGACCUGGAUGACUGAACCUGCACAGACACACUGAGUGAUAGGUAUGCUUACAUUCACAGGUGCACUAGAAGCAAGAAUAACUACCAGACAAUUCUGCAUGCCUUUAGUUGUUUAAAAUAACAAAAAUGCCAACAAAUAGUCUCAAUUCAUACCUCAUAAUGCCACUCACUCCAUGAUAUUGUAGAUUUCAGAUACUAACUCACCAGGCUAACGCUAAAUGCCAUCUUAUCCCCCAGCUUGUGUUAGCUUGUUUAACUGCUACAGUGCUGCUGGUGCCACCACUUAGUACAGGACGAAGCUGUAAGUCUUGGGGGAUUGUUGUAUUUGUGAACCACACACAGGGAAAAUACUUCAAACAAUCUUAACUCACAUUAUACUAGAUUACUUCAUCGUUUUGUAGCUAGUAGUUAAUGUUUGCUAACUUCAGUUAGCUUAGCCUUUGCUUUUCCCGUUGCUGUAAAGUGAGCCUAUAUAAAAAAUAACCAACCAAAACACUAUGUCAGCUCUUUCUCACUAGUAUUUUAGUAGUUCAUUUUUACUUACCAUCAACUUCUAGAAGUCCAUACCUGGAGUAAUGUUUAUAAGGCAAAACUAAAAUAGUUUCUAGAGGGUGAAGCUCAACUCCUCCGAAGAAAAAGUCCUUCAAGAAUAAAUGAAAGGUACAAGACUAAAAUACAUUUGUUUGAGAAAUGUAAUAAACAUGUUGGAUAUACAUGUAUACAUAUGAAAUGCAUCCUUGCAAAUUCAAGAAACCUGCACGUUGUUGUGAAGCGUCGACUCACGUUUAUCAUGUGAGUACACUUAUACAGUAGAAACCCACAAAUGUUUGCCAAAGGAGGAGAAGGAGGACAACCAGUUAGUGUAACAUAUUGUCAGGAUUUCAGGAAAGUCCGUAUGGCUGUUAAUGCAAAGUUAAAUCAUAACCCUCCAGCUGCACACAGACAAUGGCAGUAAGCUGGGGAAUCCUUCUGGAACAGUCUGAGCUGAUAAGCUCUGUCAUUAAGCGAACGUUUCAAUGAAGAUGAAACAUUGUCAACUGACAACAUAUUCAUUUCUGUCUGUGUCAUUUCAUCAGUUGAUCUUUGCAAAUGCUUUGCUGCUUAAAACGUCAUGUUUGGUGUGAAACAUGCUGAAACAACAGGAUUCAAGCUGCUGGGAGGGUCUGUGUCCUCUUCUGUGUGCAUAAUGAAUCUAUAUCAUAAGAAAUCUAUACGCGCAAUUUAUGCAAAUCUUCUUGUAACCAUGGUGACACAGGCCUGUUCCUCAUUAAGGCACUCGAAGGCAGUUAAAACUGCAGACUGUUUGUGUCAUCUGCGCACUAUGUGUUUUCUUCCUCCCUCAGACACACAAACACACACACACACACAGAGCUGUGACCUGUUACACAGCGUAUGGUAGCAGAUGGGGGUGGGUUGGCCUUUGACCCUGUAUUUGAUCGUCCCACUGUGCCUGAGUGAGAGAGAAAACACUGAAAUAUUACACCCAGCCCCCUGCCAAGCUCUCCAAUCCUCUCCUCACCUAAACUCUUCUCCCGCUGCUCCUCUUCCUCCUCCUCGGGGCUGAUUUGACACACUUGUCUUAAACAUUACCAUGUGGAGUUUAUCUCUCUGCCCUUUAUAAAGUACGGCACUAAAGAAGGGAGACUUCUUUAGUUAUUGCACAACGUCUACACACACAAACACAGACAAUCUCAGAUUUGGCUUAUUUCUCUUAACCCUUUUUUUUUCUUCCCAUUGUGUUUUUCCCCCUGUGCUUAUACUCUUUUUCACCACCCCGGCAUAUCCCUGUCCUUUGUUUUGUCCUGCUCCUUUCCGUGACUUCUACACAUCAUUAGCUGCUGACAUGGAUCCACAGUUUGAUCCUGGGAAGAGACACAAAUACCUUUGAGGUUGUGUCAGGAACAAGCAACACAGAGAGUUGUUGCCUGUACUGAUCUCAGAUAGAGGCAGUGUGCAAAGUAUGUUGUGGUAUGUAGCUUGGGCUAUAGCAGUAAUUAAGUGUAAGCUAGCUUUUUAAUAACUAAAAGUAAUUUAAUUGGAAAUUAAGUUGUUGCUUUGUACAAAACAUUUUUUAUUGUGCCAGAUAUUUAGUUUUUUAGUAAUUUAAUAAUAAAUAAAUUAUAUGUCCUCAAUCCAGAAAAAGGAGCUAAUGCCUGCUUAAGAUUUCAACUCACAGUUAUGCUUUUUUUAAGCCACAGAUGAACUUUUUGUCAACAUUAGUCUAAGGAGUUUGGAAAGAAAGCGUCUGGACUCCUUUAAGUUGCUUGAAGAUGUUUCACCUUUCAUCUGAGAAGCUUCUUUAGUUCUAGGGUCAAAUGGUGGAGAGUCCUAGAUUUAAGCCGAUUUAAGCAGAUUUUUGUCAACAGUGAAAUCUUUUGGCCACUAGCGUUUAGCAGCUUUCAUUUUAAGAGCAGUGAAUGGAUAGUUCUUGCUAAAAUACAAUUUGGGACUUGUAUUUUGCUUAGUAAACACUAUAAUCUGAUGAAUUAUUAUAAUAAUAUAAUAAUUCCCCAAAAAUAAAGCCUUUGCAGUUGAAUUUAGUCAUUAAAAAGAAAAAACACAAGCUAACUCUAGCUCAAGAUUGACUAGAGCUUAUCAUAUCUGAGUUUAACUGCAAGGUUAGCUUUUAGCUUAUUUUCAGUUUACAAUAUUUGAUAAACUUUCUUUGAAUAACAUGUUUAAACCUCCCGUAAUUAACUAUGUACGUGCUGUGUAAAUAAGCUGCAAAGACAUUAUUAACAUAUAAUCAGAUUUUAUGCUGGCAUUUUACACUAAUUAGCAAAAAUUUACUAAUAAGUCCAACAGUGUAAAAGAUGGACGUAGUUCGGGGUCAGAAAAGUUCAUUCAAAACUGAAGUUGCUUAAAUCUGAAUUCUUUUUAAUGAACACGGGGGGAUCCUUCAACCUGAAAACACUUUGUGUUGGAUACAAUUCUAUCUGUGUCUGGUAGACUCUUUAUUAAUGAGUUUAUAGACUCAGAAAGGAGGAUUGUUUAGCAUAUUGUCAUUUGCUAAUAAGGUUGGGCGAUUGGAUGAACAUAUCGACUAUUGACGAUAGGCCGAGCCUUUCGCCGAUCGUUUACACAAGAGCGGUGUAUUUAUUUAUUUGCCCACGAGUAAGUUUGCUAAUAUUGUUUAUUGAAGCUAAGAGAAGCGGUCAACCAAAAAAAUAAUAGCGCUGUUUUAAUGGCACACUCUUCCAGCUGUGAACAAAUGCACAUUCCUCAGAGUGCGCAAAAUGCAGCGACUCCUUUACUCAAACUCAGAAAGAACGAAAGGCAGCGGCCUGUGUUCAGAAAAAACACAAAAACAUUUUAUUUGAAUAAAGAAACAACAACAAUGGUGGGGAGGGAAACAACGAGAAACUGCAUCUUUUUUCUACUAUAACCGUGUUUACAGGCUGUUCCAGUGUUUGUCUUACACACUCGACCAAACUACAAAUACAAAUUAAACAAAAAGUAAUUUAAAACUCAAAAUGUCUCUUCCAGCCAGCACAAAAAAAAAAUCUCAGACGUAAUGUUAAGUCUUUUGUAUGAUUUGGCGAAUCUCAAACAAAGAAAUAAAUGAAUGAAUAAUCCAAAAAGUAGCUAUAUUUAUACUGAAACAAACAAGAAAAGAAGGUAAAAUAUUCCCUCAACAAACAAAACGUAUAAAUUCUAAACACGAAAAUCAGUCCAUUCGUGAUUACAUGGCUCCGCCCAUCAAAAUGUCUGUGCCUGCGCGAAUAUAUCGCCUGUCAUCGGUUGUUGGACUGACAACAUAUCGCCCAAGCUUAUUUGCGAAUGACUAUUCAAUCAGAGGAGGUUAUUGUUUCACAGUCAGCUCCACUUUUCUAUUAUCACAUCUGGCUUUCAAAGAGAUGCUCAUGGUAAAAAUGUUUGACUCGAGCCUUUAUAGCAGGACCUCACAGUCCAGUGGGUGACAUCACAGAGGCUUUAAACUGUGGCUUUACAAAAGGUUCUUACUCUGUAUGUUUUUAGAAAACUAAAUAAAAAAAUAAAUAGUGUAAUAAAGUUCUAAGAUGAGUGGAUAAUGCUUUAGAUACAUUAUCUCUAGUAGUUUCAUUUUUCUGUACAUCUAUAUGUUACCUAUAAGGUAUUAAUGUAACCUGUUAAAUGUUUUAGGUUUAACAGGUUAAACCUAUUAAACCUAAAACUACUUCUAGGUGGACAACAAAAGGUCAAAGGUAAAAGUUGGAGACAUUAUAGAAUCAUAAACCAGCUUUUUGUGUUUUUUCUUCGUUCUUCCACAAAUUUCAGCCUAAAUCUUUCCUUCAAGUCUUAAAUUUAAACCCGUUUUUUCUGCACUCUUUCAUAAAAUCACAUUUUAAAUAAUAUUUAACUAGUUUUUUUUUUAGUUCAUAUACAUUUUCCACAUUUCUUGGUCUAAAGUGGAUUACAGUCUUCCAUGUUCACUGUGAUUUGUGGUCGCACUCUCCUCUGUUCUUGGAAAGAGUUUCACUUUAAUUGCAGCAUUUCUUUGCUCUGCUGCUUUUCAGAAAUUGUUCUGUCUCUGCGCGUUUUUUCUUCUUUUAGAAGAGACAAGGCUGAACUGUUUUUCUAAACUUUCCUCGUGCUUCUCGACAUGUAACAGAUUACGCUCUCGGUUCAGCUCCUCCUGCAGGCUUUCUGUUUCUCGCCUGUGUGAGGUUUUUUUUCUUUUUGGGGGUUGGAGGAGGGGAGGUUUUAAUUUGCGGUGCAGUCGGACGAGGGAGGUCGUCUUUCAGACCAGAUAUGGAGGCUCUGCUGGUGGAGAAAGAGGCUUUGCACACUUAGAAGUGUUCUUUUUUGUGUGUUCUGACCUAAGAGCGUACCGUAUGUGAGAGGAUUGUUGUGGGCUUUUUUGCUUGUUUUUGCACUGGAUGCUUUAGUUGUUACUCUGUUUUCUGGGACUCUACCUGUGAAUGAGAAAGGCUUUCAUUUUUCUGGCUACAAAGGACAAUAACCAGUGGAAAUGCAUUUCCCAGGUUUGUGUGAGUUGCAGUCAACUUUAGAGCACUUCUCAUGUAUGCAGAUUGCUGUUUCACCUCUGAAGAGUAACAAAGAAGUUCAUCUGUUACCACUGGAUUUGCAUGUUUUAUUGUCCCGCAGUCACUCAGCCUGAAAAGUCGGAGCACCUCUGGUGUGUUUUUUUUUCUUUUUCCGGAGAGUCUCUUCCUCUUCUUAUCACUUCACUUCUACCUCCUUCAUCUUUUUCUCCCCCUCUCCUUUGUGUACUCUGGAGAAGGAGGAGCUCGAUACCAAAGUGAAGAAGACGGGAUCAUGAUGUCAUCACAUUUUCACCAACAAAACUUAAUGGAGAGGGAGAAGAGCACAACUUCAGCUGACUUAGUUUACUCUGCCCCCUACAUGGAAGUACUGUGAACCAAUCAGAGUCCUGCUGACAGCUAGCCAUGGACUGCACGGCGGCUAUUUUGAAAGCAUGCGCCCGCUCCAGAGCCAAGUGGUGUUGCCACGGGCGCUCCAGUGUCCGUCACCCGUGGGGGCCGGCGAAUGGCUGCGGUUGUGGUCGAGGUGUGUUUGCGGGGGGCUUCGUCAACCACACCUCGUCCCUCCUGCGGCGCUUGCUGUUGCACGUUUGCUGUUGUCACUCUCACGAGGAGAGUUCGCAGUUGUGUCGCGAUUGGGGGGAUUGUCCGAUCCAAGGAGUGGAGAGAGAUCGAAGAGGAAGGAGACAGGAGGAAGGUGAAGAUGAGGAGUUAGGACCACCCCCCUCAGUAGAUGAGGCAGCUGAUGCCCUGAUGACGAGGCUUGGUUUUCUACUUGGAGAAAAGGUCAUCAGUGGAGAGCCAGGCUCCCCUUACCAUGCUCAGGAUGGGCAGAGGAUGUCUCCUUCUUCCAGUCUGGCUAGUAGCAACACCUCGCCCAGUUCCACACUGCACCCUCCCACUGGUGCUGAAGGCAGUAGUAACAACAAGCACGCCUCCCCGAACCAUGCCUCCGUCACCUCCCCCACCUCAACACUGGAGAGCAGAGACAGUGGGAUCAUAGCCACGCUGACUAGCUAUUCUGCUGACUCAGCUGCAGAGAGGGAUGACGGCGCUAAGUAUGCAGGAGAAUGUUACCAUGGCAGCAGUCUCAACCUGUGGCAGCAGGGGGGUCGACCAGUGGUGGCGUCCACUUCGUCUACCAGUGUGGUAGCGUCAGGAAGCAGAAAUGAGGGUUUUCUUUAUAGGGUGGACGACAGCAUGGCUGCCUCCACUUACAGCCUAAACAAACUCCACCCAGAUCGAGGCACUGGCCUCACCCAGUCAUCAGGUUCCACCCAUUCCAUCCCCCUCUACUUCAUGCCUCGCCCUAAUUCGGUUGCUGCCACUAGUUCGGCCCACCUUGAAGACCUGGCUUAUCUUGAUGAGCAGCAGAGACACAUCCCUUCAAGGACAUCCCUCAGAAUGCCUAGACAGAAUUCUGGGAUUCGUAGUCAACAGGACCACAGAGCAGUUCGUUUCACUCCCUCUCUGAACCUGAAGCCGCUUCACUUUGAGGUUCCUGGUCUCUCAUCUGAUUGGCUCUUCACCGGCAGGGAGUGGCUCUUCCAAGAAAUGGACACCUGCCUCCGCAGUGAUGAUCCAGCAACCAGCCGGGGCGCGGUUAUCAUCGGCAACAUGGGAUUUGGCAAAACGGCCAUCAUUGCUCGCUUGGUGGCACUUAGUUGUCAUGGAAACCGUAUGUGGCCAAAUGCUUCUAGCAGCCAGACCAUAAACAAACAUGUGGAGACUUUUUCCCACGACUCCCUGGGAAGAGGUGGAGGAGGAGAUGAAGGGGGGUCAGGAGAAAGCUGUCCAGGCACACCAGAAAUGAGGAGGAGACAGGAGGAGGCGCUGAGGAGGCUCGCGGGACAGGUAGUCUCAUAUCAUUUCUGUCAGGCCGAUAACUGCCACACCUGUCUCGUUCCGGAGUUUGUCCACAACAUGGCGGCUACAUUAAGUAGCGCGCCUCAGCUGGCUGCCUAUCGUGAACUACUGCACCGGGCGCCACAGCUCCAGAGCAUGCUCAGUCUGCGCUCCUGUAUCCAGGAUCCGAUCUCUGCCCUUCAGAAAGGAAUACUAGAACCGCUCGAUGCACUCUACAGAGAAAAUAAACUGCAUGUAGAAGGGGCGGGCCUUAUUGUACUGAUUGAUGGGCUAAACGAGGCAGAGUUCCACCGGCCGGACUACGGCGACACGCUGACCUCCUUUCUAUCCCGAACCAUCCAGAAAUUUCCUUCCUGGCUGAAGGUCAUUACCACUGUCAGGACCAGUCAGCAGGACAUCACUCAUUCUCUGCCCUUUCACCGCAUCUCUUUAGACCGAAUGGAUGAGAAUAGCGCCAUAGACCAGGACCUGCAGGGUUACCUGAUGCAGCGUAUCCACAGCAGCACUGAGAUCCAAAGCAAUGUGUCACUGAGCAAUGGCCGCCUCGAUAACACUGCACUGUCCAAACUGAUCAGCCACCUGAAGAGCCUGAGCAGAGGCUCAUAUCUCUAUUUAAAACUGAUCCUGGACCUGAUAGAGGGGGGAUACCUCGUUCUGAAGAGCUCCAGCUUCAAGGUGGUUCCUGUGAGUCUAGCAGAGGUUUACCUGCUGCAGCUCAACAUGCGCUUUCCCACCCAGUCGUCCUUCCAGAGAGUUCUACCUUUACUCAACGUUACUGUGGCAUCGCUGCACCCGCUGACUGACCAGCAGCUGUUUGAGGUGGUAAAUGCGGGCACCCUGGCCGGAGGUUCGCUGGAGUGGGCGGAGUUCUCACAGCGCCUGGAGCAGCUCUCCUCGUUCCUGUUGCGGCGCAGCGACGGCAGUCGGAUGCUAAACCACACCUCCUUCAGGGAGUGGCUCAUGUGGAGGGAGGAGGGCCAGGAUGACCGGUUCCUCUGCGAUCCCAGGAGUGGCCACACUCUCCUGUCCUUCUGGCUCUGCAGACAGGCAGGAAAGCUGACCCGACAGCAGACACUGGAGCUCGGGCAUCACAUCCUGAAGGCGCACAUCUACAAGGGCCUGAGUAAGAAGCUAGGGGUUUCCUCCUCAGUUCUGCAAGGGCUGUGGCUGUCAUACAGCACCCAGAGCCUGAGCCCUGUUCUUGCGUCACUGCGCAACCUCUACACCCCCAAUAUCAAGGUGAGCAGAUUGCUGAUUAUGGCUGGGGCUGAUGUGGAUUACUGUAGCGAUGUCCUCAACAACGCCCCCCUGCUGUGUGUCCACGCUCACCUGGGCCACACUGAUGCUGUAGCACUGCUGCUUGAUCAUGGAGCACAGCUGGAUGCUUGGUCACAUGAUGGUUUGACUGCACUGGGAUUCGCUGCUGCAGCUGGUCACCUGGAUAUCGUCACAAUGCUGAGUCAGCACAGAGCCAAGGUGGGUCACGUGGACGGCUCCGGUCGGUGCGUGCUGGUUCACGCAGCCCAGCGAGGCCACCUCGAGGUGCUGCGCUUUCUCCUAAAGAGGGCGGAGUGGAGUUGUACUACCUGCUGUGGACAGAAGGGGGCAAGCAGGAGCCAAGCAGUGCAGCAGGCUUUGAUUGCUGCAGCCAGCAUGGGACACACAGAGAUGGUGUCAUACCUAUUGGACCUUCCAGAGGAAGAUGAAGAAGGGGAGGAGAGACCUGAGAUCAACACAUAUGACAGUCUAUGGGGAGAGACAGCUCUGACAGCAGCAGCAGGAUGUGGCUGUCUGUCUGUCUGCAGGCUCUUGUUGGAUCAGGGGGCAGCUGUGGAGCAAGGAAACAAGCAGGGUGUCACUCCACUUUUCAGCGCCGUGAGACGGGGUCACUGGCAGGUGGUGGAGUUGUUUCUGAAUCAGGGGGUGGAGGUGAACAUGGUGGACCAGCAGGGUCGAACAUCUCUGAUGACUGCAGCCUCAGAGGGACACAUGAGCACUGCCCAGCUGCUGCUGGAUCAUGGAGCCUCCCUCGAACAGACCGACAGAGAAGGGCUAACGGCACUGAGCUGGGCGUGUCUAAAAGGCCAGCUCUCAUUGGUCAGAGAGCUUGUGGAGAGAGGAGCAGCCACAACUCAUGCAGACCGCAAUGGACGCACGCCUCUGGAUCUGGCUGCAUUCUGCGGAGACCCAGAUGUGGUGCAGUACCUUGUGGAUCACGGUGCGUCAGUGGAGCAUGUGGACUGCAGCGGGAUGCGCCCUCUGGAUCGAGCAGUCGGCUGCAGAAACACUUCUGCAGUCAUCGCUCUACUGAAAAAGGGAGCCAAAAUAGGACCUGCAACCUGGGCCAUGGCAACCUCUAAGCCAGAUAUCUUAAUGGUUCUGCUCAGUAAAUUGAUCCAAGAAGGAGAUAAAUUGUACAAGCAAGGUAAAGUGAGGGAAGCCGCUCACUCCUAUCAGUCAGCUCUCCAGAAGUUUCCAGGAGACGAGCUGAAGACGUUCAAACAGCUCAGGGUGUGCGUGCUGCUCAACCUGUCACGCUGCCGCCGCAAGAUGAACGACUUCAGCCUUGCUGAGGAGUUUGCUACCAAGGCCCUGGAGCUAAAAGCCAAAUCUUAUGAAGCCUUUUAUGCCAGAGCCCGUGCCAAACGCAGCCGCAGACAAUUCCACGCUGCUUUGGAGGACCUGAUUGAAGCCAGCCGUUUGUGCCCAUCCAACCGGGAGAUUCAGCGCCUGCUGUCACGGGUCAAAGAAGAGUGUCGGCAGGCUGCACAGCAAAAGGACACUCAUCCUCCAUCAUCUAAUCACGUCUAUCAGCAGAACAUGUCCAUCAGCGAGGCCAGGUCUAGAGAUUCAGGUUGUUUGCAGGUACAGGAUAGAGAGGGGCUUACAGAGGAAGAGGAGGAAGAGGAGAAAGCAGAGAGCAGUUUCAGGGAAAGAGACUCCUCUCCCUGUCACCUUCAACCUGCGGUUCAAAGUCUUGACACCCGCUGCCACUCUGGGGUACCAUCGCCCUCCUCCCUUUCCCCCACUCAUCUGUAUCAUCACCUCCCCAGUCCCACCCACGCAGCCUCCCUUUCUUCACCUAGUCACUCUGCACCUCCCCCUCCUUCCACAUCUUAUCACGAUUUCAGCCCUACUUCCUCCCUAAUCCAGCAUCAGCAGCGAGGUGGCAUAGUGUCUGAAAGUAUGCCUACAUUGUCCGAAAGUGGAGGUGUACAAAACUAUCCACAGUCUGACUUAGAUCAGAACCAGGGAGUCCAGCGUCACCCCCAUCUGGCUGGUCAGAGGUUCCAGAAGCAGAACCCCAUCCAAGGCCACUGGCUCCAACCAGCCAAAGCACAGGUGGUCCGAACCAAUCAGCCCAGUUCUUCUACCCACUCCAGCAUGGUUUUGGGAAGUUCUGCCUAUUCCCAGUUCGCCCAUCUGCCCAAAGAACUAGCAGAGCUUGGGGAAGGCUUUUGCUCAAAUCCUAUGGAUGUCAGGCCUAGCCCAUUGGCUCAGCCUGGUCUGAGCUCUGGAGCUUCUUAUGUACAGGAUGAAGAAGAAGAAGUUGACCUGGUUAGCCAGGCCAGAGGCACAUCUGGCUAUGGGAAAGCAGCAGGAGCCGAGUGGGCGGGGGUAAACCGUUUUGGCCAGUCCCGUCAGUUCAGCCGUAACCAAUCCAAAGCAGCCUACUACCCUUUGGAAGUUACAGAGGCAGCAAUGGGGUCUUCAGAUAGGCUUCAGUCAUCGCACGAUUAUCAGUAUCAACACCAGGGUGGUCUUCGACGUCCACUCAGUGCUCACCCAACCUCCUCCUCUGGUCAUUCCCCUAGGCCUCUCAUCCAUUCCCAGAGUGUCAGCGUCCGUUUCUCCCCCAGCAGUGGUAGUCUUGCUACUGGACAGCCAGCUAAUCUUGGGCCAGGCUUUAGGACAUCGGCCUCUGUUCAGCACAUGGAUCUACCUUCAGAUCUGGCCUCUGCUAGAAGCAUUAGUGGUUACCAUGAUGAUAACUUCCUGAUCGCCUCUCCCCAGUCAGAAAUAUGCAUGUCAGGAGGCGGGACUUACCCUGGAGAGGUGGGACGUUCAUCUAGGAACACUCCUUUUAUGGGAGUAAUCGACAAGACGGCAAGGGUGCACCAGCAGUAUCAGCAACAGGCUCCGUCCAGCUCAGCGUCCUGUCUCAGUCCGUCUCGCUCCUGGGCCGUGUCUUCAGUGGACACAGUUGUCACUUCGCCCAGCAAAAACCCCCCUCCACCCCAGCUCUCAUCCUUUGCCUACCACAACCGCAGCAACAACAAUGCCCACAAUGGUCACGCCUCUUAUGAUAACCAGCUGGACUUCUAUGACGUGACGCCAGGAAAUGUUCAUCAGGGUGAGGGCUCAGUGCAGGUUGCCUGUCAGAAUCUCUCCUACAUGGAUGUGAAGGUGGCUCGGACGCUGCCCAUGAUCCACAGCUGCUCGGACAGACCGACUGAGAGACGUACGGGUCCUACGUCUCCGGUUAAACCAAAAAGACCCUUUGUAGAGUCCAAUGUGUAAAGACAAUACAAGAACAUUAAUGAAAAGUGGUAUAAAUGAAGUCACUGUACCGAUAUACUGGAAGACUGUUCUUGAAACAAAGUAAUGUCAAGUUCCUACAUUUAGUACUUGGAAUGUUUAUAAGAGCAAGACACACCAAGUUCAGACUGGGUAAAAGCUUUUGUUUUCAUUUGGUUGUAUUUGUUAGUAUGCUUCAGAGAACUCCACCUCACUUGCUAGGUUAAGUGAUUGCUCUAUGUUGUUUUUGGAAAGAGUGCCACUUCAUCUUAGGCAAGAUGCCUAACCUAUAAGAACGGCAUGGAACAUAUUCACCAAUAAUGAACUGGUUCUGCCAUUUGGAAGUGAAACAUUAACAGGUGUUCACCUCACAAAGCACAAGAAUGAAGAAGAUAAUUAUGGAAUAAGACUGUAUUCUUCUUCUUGCACAAUUCUGGCUUGAAUUACAUUUUAAAACUGCAGUUCAAGUCUAAAUGGUGAGGUCCAGACAGGAGAGAAAAAGCACCGCAAUUACCUUUGCCUGCUGCCGACGCCUUUAAUAAAGAUCUCAUUUCAAGAUUGAAGCGCUUAAAUAACACAGACUUGAAAGAAAUGGACGAAUCCAGGCUCGCGUCAUUGUACCAGUCAAACGCUUGUUAGUGACCCAGACCCAAGCCAUAGUUUGAGAAACUCGAAAAUACUGUCAUUGAAUAAACACUGAGUUAAAAAAAAACAAAGGAGAAAAAAUUGUAUUUAUCUUUUUAAGUUAUGUCUGUAUCAAACUGUAAAGUUUCUUUUUGUUUUUUCUUAAAACGGUAUUCCUUUGGGAUUUGCCAUCGUGUUUAUUUUGGGGGAUCGUCUGUGAGAACACGUAAACUGAAACUUUAGAGUUUUAGUUUACAUGAAGCAGAAACUCUAAAGUUUUCCAUGUUGGGUUAACAUUGGUCUCUUUCUGGGUUCAGUUAGAACGAUAUAGCGCAUUUGUAAAAAUUGGAUUUUUUGGAAGGGUCAUCCAUUCAGCCUUUUUCUGUGCUCUCUGAAGGCCUUUUAUAUUCUGUAGUCCUAAUGGUCUAAUUAUGCAAACCAUAUGAUUCCAAGUGAUACACCAGGGCUCUUCAUACUGUAUUAUGUUGGAAACAUUUUGCUUGUAUGUGCCUCGGUUGUCAGUACUGUCAGUCACUCUCACUCUGACCAUUAACUUGGCUUGACAUGUAAUUUCCGGAUAUUUGUCCUCAACAAUGUGCAUUUGAACUCUUUGGAUGGUGUUGUAUGUUUUUCUUGCCUUUCCAAAGAUAACUGUGUAAAAUUCCAAUGAAACAAUCUAUUUAUCUGCGCGAAACCAGCUUAAUUUAUGACCAUGCCAAGCUAACUAUCUUACCACCAACAGCAGCCACAGAGCCUUACCAAUGAGGCCCAAAAAUGUACCACUAUUCAACUACAUUCAUUUACUGUGUUGAGGUUUGUUUGUUUUUCAAAAACUAAAGUUCAGUUCACUUUUUUCAUCUUAUCAUCCACUGUGUGUUUCACAGUCAGAUCAGAAUCUUAGCCUCACAAACAUUAGCAUACGUAGCCGUGUGUUUACUUACUCUUCAGAUGGUUCCUCCAACUUUGGUGUGUUUCUGUGCUUGUUAUAAACGCCUGCGCUCAGAAAAAGUUUAAAAUCUUCGAAAAUUAAGUAAAGUUCAAAUAAAAUGUGAAGAAACAACUUCUCCAAAACAUGUACAUUGUACUGUGUUGGAGCAACACCAUCUUAAGUUGUACUAGAGCCAGGCAGGACUUUUCAUGUGAAAUCGGUUUGUACCAUGAGCUGGUGCAGUGAAUCAGUAUAACCUUUAUUUAAUAAUGUUCUUAUUUAUAGUGCUGUUCUGGGAAAAGGCAAAUUCUCUUGAGGCAACAAGGGCAGAAAUAAAAAGAGACAAGAAAAGUUUUUUAAAAGUGGUGAAAGUUUUUGUUAGAAUUUGCAAAGUAUAAUUAAAAAAAGGAAGUUUAGGUCAGAACAUAGACCUAAAUUUGGAUGUUAAAUAGGAAAAAAACUGUCGUAAUCAAAGAUGAUAAUUAAAAUGUUUGUCUGCAACAAAUGAUUUUAAGUCAUUAAUCAAAAGUCUUAUUAUAUAACAAACAUUUAUAGUUGUCGACAGUGUUUCUGCUUAUGUGAUAUCAAAGACUAGGCGUCAGUAACAGUAACUGUGACAUAAAAAAAGUUUUCCUCGUUGUGCCACGUUACUGGGUUUUAAAAGUCGUUACUUUGAAUGGAAAAUGCGUUUUUCUUAUCGUACCUUAGAUGCUAGGGCUAACAAACAUCUGCUGCAAUACAGAAAUUACGCUGUUUCUUUUUUGCGUUUCCCAAAGCGAUCACCAUCUACUUGGGAUUUUGAAUGUUACCAAUUUUUAGCACACUAUCAUUUAUGAAUCCAUCAAACACAUGUUUAUUUAUGUCUUUACAAGGUUUUCCUUUCAAACCAGUAGUUUGCCUAGCUUGCUAAAACAGAUAAAACAGACAACAUAUUUAUGGCAAAAGACACGGUUUACUGCUCAAAAUGCUUUUGUCUAUGUCAGCAAGGAAUGAUUUAACUUUUCCAUCUUAACCUUGUUAACGACAAGGGGAGGUGGCUAGCUGAAUAUUUAAAAGAGGGACAAGUUUCACUUUAAUCAUAUAUUAAGAUCAGGCUUCUUUAAAACUGUCUUUUAUAAACAUGAAUGCCAGUUUUUGUACAUUUGUAGUGCUUUUUCCCCCCAAACUUCUCACUUUCAGUUGCUGUUGCUGAUGAAACAAGUGACGUCUGACACAGCGCACACAGUACAGACUCUGACCACUGCCAUCAUCUCGUACUGCUCAGGGGACUGCAGCUGUGAGAUGAUAUUAGCAAUUUGAUGUUCAAAGUGAAAACGUGGAAAAUCUGUUAGCAAAACUGUGUGUUGUGCAUCACAUGUAGGAUGUUUACCUUCUGUCUGCAUUGGUGCCUGACUGUGAAAUAUCCCGUCAGAACAGAGCCAAGUCAGUGUGUACUUUGGGCUCUUUCACAGUGUGUAAGAUGAGCUUACAUUUAAAACCAAGGAUGGUGACGAGAAGAGCUUCAUUAUCAAACAUUUCAAGCAACAUGAAUGUGUUUUUGGCUCAUGUGGAAUCACUGAGUUAGAAAGAGGAAUAAAGCUGAAUAAAAGAC